ACUCGACCUAAGAAUGCAACUCAGCAUCCCAGACACAUUUUGACUGAGGGUGCUGGAAAGAGAUGUACCACUGCUCAAAAAGCUGCUGAUGACCAGUAUGAAAGAGAGGCGAAGAAGGCAAGUGAAAAAGCUUUGCAGGAAAUUUAUCAGUGUAUUGCUACUUUGCAAGCACAGACGCAGGCGUACCAAGAUACUGCACACAUUAAUGCACCUAAGCCUAAGUGUCCUCAAGCAUGCCCAGUGGGAAAAGCUGCAAAGGCCUCAAAAGCCUCAAAGACUUCCAACUCAACUGUGAACAGUGGGCAGGAAGGAACAGAAGUUGUCACCAAUAAGUCUAUUGGCACUGAAGGUAAGGGUUGCAGGUGCAGAUUUGAAAAGUUACAAGCUAAUGUCAGACAUCCAGCAAGUGAAAAGGAAUUGGAGGAACCUACAGCUAAGAGAAAAAAGGUCAGCAAACAGGUGGUGAGGAAUGCAAUUCAGAGGGUAUUAGAUGCCAGUGUUGUUAUCGAUGGAUCAACAAAGGCACAUGAUGGAGAUAUUCAGAAGAUGUCUGAUGUCAGUGUUUCCAAGAAAUUUGCACUUACUGGGCAUAUCCCAGGUUGGAUUUUGAAUGUUUCUACAACUGUCUCACGGCCAGCCUCCAAGGUGAAUUCCUCUGCUGGGUCUUCCAUCCACCCACGGUCUAGUAGCUCUGCUUUAUCUAAGCUCACAAGGGGGAGCACUAUCAGCCACGAUGUUCCACCUCCACCCACACCC